AUGGAUGAAGACUUUUGCACAAUGUCUGUAUUUGACAGAUGGAAGCUCCAGGUGGUUGCUGCUGUGUGUGUGAUCAUCGUGACGACAUCCUAUUUUAUUCUGCCGAAAGAUGUUACCACUACACCAAAACUGAGUUCAUCUCUCCCCACGCAUCUUCCCUCAUCUGGCCCAUGCACCUGUCCUGCUGGCUCAAGCCUUCUUAAAGAACACCUCCCCAAGGAUCAAUAUAAGGAGUUGGCGCAACGGCGAACUAAGGAAUUCCAGCAGUACAAAGCCAGGACAACUUCUGUCCUAUCCAAGCUGCUGUUUGCUUUGCCCAACUCUCCUCUGCAGUAUCCAAUCCAGGGUUAUACAGUGCAGCCCUUGUCCUCCUUUGUCAUACCAGGUUUACAGCUGCAUGCAGGAAAAAGAAGCAGCUACAAGGUGGUCUUAAAAGUCUCUAAAGGUAUCCUUACCACAGAUAUUCCACCAGCAGAGGUCACAGUCAAAGGUUUUCGUGAGAAAGAAAUGAUAAUCAAGUCCAGAAGCUUGGAGCUGCUCAACGACGUGCUGGUUAAAGUGUCCUAUACUAGCACAGUGUACCAUAUCAACACUGGAGACCUUGUAACUUUCCAGUUUGAAAACCAUGAAGCUGUGUUCCCUAUUGCCAUCAAGCAGCCUCAUAUACCAGUCCUGUAUGACAUGGGGACAGAUAUUAGCUCUCAAGUUACCAUCGCCACAAAGACCUUCCUGCGGUACGAACAGCUGAAGGUCUUGUUGGACAGCAUCCGAAAAUUCUAUAGCAACAUAAAAGUCAUUGUUGCAGAUGACAGCUUUGAACCAGAACACAUUACCGGAGAAAACAUCCAGCAUUACAUCAUGCCUCCAGCACAGGGCUGGUUUGCAGGCAGAAAUCUGGCUGUUUCCCAGGUAACCACCAAGUACUUCCUGUGGGUGGAUGAUGACUUUUUGUUUACAGAAAAGACAAAGAUAGAGAAGCUUGUGGAGGUGAUGGAGGCGGUCCCUGAACUGGAUGUGGUUGGUGGGUCAGUAAAAGAGAAUCAGUUUUAUUUCUCUCUUAUCUAUGAAGAAGGAGAAGAAACUGAAGGUGGCUGCUUAUACAGGAAGUCUAAUAAGAAAUUCCAUUCAGUUCCUGGUUACCCACAAUGCUUUUUGGCCAGUGGAGUGGUCAACUUCUUCCUGGCCCGUACAGAUGCUGUACAGAGGGUGGGAUUUGACCCUAAGCUACAGCGGAUAGCACAUUCAGAGUUCUUUAUGGAUGGACUGGGCUAUUUACUGGUUGCCACUUGUGGUGAUGUAUCCAUUGGCCAUCAACAUGUAGCCAGAAGUGCUCGCUAUAGCAAGUUCAGAAAUCCUAGAAAGGAUGACUCUGAAUUCAAACUGCAGCUUCAUUUCUUCAAAAACCACCUUAAGUGCAUCAAAUAUGGAUAG